CCACAUUGCACACCGUACCGUCGGUAGAGCGAGAGUCACAGUCCAGCAGAGACCAGAGGGUAUCCCAAGACUCCAUAAUCUGCAGAGUUAAAGCGGUUAAUCGGUUUCAAUAUUAGAAGAGCUAAUUAAAGAUUCGUUUACCCGAAUCGAGACUCGAGACUAAACACAUGCCAUCAUAUCAUCCCAUCAUCAAUGAUUUCUCGUUUUAACUUUUCCAAGGAUAGGAGACAGAAAAACUGGAAAAGGGGUUGCGCCUGGGGCCUCGGGGGUUUGAACUUUUGAAGCAAAAAGAAUAAAAUUCUCGUCACAGUGAGAGAAGAUUCGAAGAACAAUAAAUAAAGAUCAGAAUGUAAGAGAAAUGAAGAGAAAGAGGUGGUGACUGGUGAGAGAGGAGAAGCAGUUUGAAGUUUGAAGAGAGAUGGAAAGAAUAGCAAAAGGUGGAGAGGAAGAAACAGAAAAGCAGGAAUUUUUAGGGAUAAAGUUGAAGCGCGGGAUUUUGGUAGGGAAAAGAGGGGGCCCUUGUACUCCAGUACCCGCUUGGAAACUGGAGGAUGCGCAGGAUAACACCAUCAAAGGCCCCCUCACGCUGCCCUCCACCGUCUCUGCUAGAAAGCUUGGUGCUAACCUCUGGGAGAUUCAACAGCACCACCCGCUUCCCAGAAUGAGCAAGGGAGGUGCUAGGCUUCGCCACCACAAGGACAAGCAUCUUGAGCUUCCUAUGCAUUUGGUCGAUCCUUCUCAUAGUCCGCCAGACCAGCCAGAAAGUGCUAGUAGUCUGAGGAGGCAUGUUGCAGUAUCAUUGAUGCAGCACCAUCAAUCAAUUGAAAUGAACGCCUGUGCUUUACAGCCUCUAUCUCCUGCUAGUUAUUGUAGUUCAAUGGAGGUGGCGGCUUAUAACCCUCCUCUUACUCCUACUAGUUCUUUGGACAUUAAGGGAAGGGUUGGGGAAUCAGGGUAUAGUCUUAAAACUUCUACAGAGUUGCUAAAAGUAUUGAACCGGAUCUGGAGCCUGGAGGAACAGCAUGCAUCCAGUAUAUCAUUGGUAAAAGCACUGAAAAUUGAGCUGGACCAUGCUCGGACCCGGAUCAAGGAGUUGCUAAAAGAACAGCAAACAGAUAGACAUGAAAUGGAUGAACUAAUGAAACAAAUUGUAGAGGAAAAACUAGUUAGAAAGAGCAAGGAGCAGGAUCGCAUCAAGGCUGCAGUUCAGUCUGUGAGGGAUGAGCUAGAAGAUGAGAGGAAGUUAAGAAAGCACUCAGAGAACCUGCACCGUAAACUAGCUCGAGAGCUCUCUGAGGUGAAGACUGCCUUCUCAAAAGCUCUGAAAGAGCUAGAAAGAGAGGGGAAAGCAAGGGCACUAUUGGAAGAUCUGUGUGAUGAGUUUGCUAGGGGAAUAGGAGACUAUGAUCAGGAGGUGCGGUCCCUUAAACACAAGUUUGAUAUGGAUCAUAAUGACAGGAAUGGCCAUGAUCGGUUGAUACUUCAUAUUUCUGAGGCAUGGCUUGAUGAAAGGAUGCAGAUGAAGCUUUCUGAAGUUCAGUCGGGUCUUGCUGAAAAGAACACAAUAGUUGACAAGUUAAGCUUUGAGAUAGAGACCUUCCUUCAAGCUAAACGAUCUGGAAGUUCUAAGAGCAAUGAUAUCUUAUUUGCAAAAGAUCCGAAUUGUACCUUGCAUCGCCAUUCUCUUGAGUCCAUUCACUUGAAUGAGGCUACAAGUGCACCCCAAGAUGUAGGUGAUGAAGAUUCUGUGAGUUGUGACUCACAUUGUUUUGAACUAAACAAAGUUGUUGGCAACAAGAAAAACAAUGGUUUCUCUAAGCCCAAUGCAGAAGAAAAUUUGAGAGAUGUUGACAAAACAACAAAAUGCUAUCCUAAUAAGAAGAAACUUGGGUCCCAUGAAAGGACCAAAGGUUCACAAGUGCAGCUUGAAGAACAAAUGCCUUGGGCAGCAUCAUGCAAUGGAAAUACCACCCUCAUGGAUGGGGAGUCCAUGAAGGUGGGUGAAGAUGCAAGCCUGGUAGAAAUAAGCAUUUCCCGUAAGUCAGAAAUCUGUGAAGAUACAGAAGAUGGAAACCAAGAGAGAAAGAGUAAACGAGAUGAGAUUCGUAGAUCCAACUCAAACAAUGUGGUUGACAACUUGACUGGAAAUCCAUCACUGCUAGGAGGAAAAUUUGGACCUGAAAAUGAUUGUAAGGAAGAACCAUGCAGUGAAUCUAUAUGUAAGGGUCAUGCUAGUCCAGUACAACAAUGGAUUUCCAGAUUUGCAUCCCCAGAUCUUGAGAUAUCAGAGCUUUCUUCGAAAUGGCCAAGAGGUUUUAAAGGGAAUACCUUGAAAGAAAAGCUGCUUGAAGCAAGGUUGGAGGGGCAGCACUCUCGUCUAAAAGCUUCUUCCAAAGGUUCCUCCUAGGUUAUUUGGAAAAGUGGGUUCAACUUAGACUUGGAUCCUCAGUUGUGUAUAGUGACCAUAGUACACGGAUGAAUGCUGCAGCCUGUAGUGAUGCAUUUUCUAUUUAUGCAGGAUCUUUUUCUUAAAUAUAUAUAUAUAUAUAUAUAUUAUUUUUUUUUGGGAAUUUCCUUGUGUAUGUUAGAAAUGCAUUGCUAUGGCAUGGUUACACGGAUAAAGUGGAAAUCCCAGUGCAGCUGGAAUUUGAAUUACCACUAAUAUGCUCUUCUAUGUCUUUGUUUUGUUUUAAAGCCCAACUUCCCUAUAAAUCCCUCUUUUUUUUGACUAA